AUGCCAGCGAUGCACAGUGACAACAACAUGUGCCUAGGCUCCAUAACGUUUGUAAAUCGCUCUCCUAGGAAGAGAAAAUAAAACGUUGAUAACUCGGGGAAAGGAAGCGGAGCCAACUCAGACCGCGUGGCACCUUUAUUUUGAAAGUAAAAUCCGCUUUGACUAGCGGGAGCGCUGUGGUCAUCACAGCGAACUCGACCUAGCCCAAUAGGAAAUCCGACGUUGGGAAACAAAGCGCGUAUUCCGGAUCUUAGUUCGCGGUUUGUAUUGGCCCGUCUUGAAAAUGAACUUCGAAUAGGUGGGGACUGUAUUCGCACUUGCCCUCAUGGUUUCUAGCUAUUAGCAAGCGACUGUCGGCAGUUGGACUGCAGCACUGUCCGAGGAGCUAACGUUCAUUCUCAACCGAAGGUAAUUGCGAUAAAGUCGUGCACGACAAAUGAUUAGCGACGGGAGGUUUUCGUGCCUUUGGGCGAAAAGGAAGUGAGGGUCGAUGCGGGCUUUCUAGCUCCAGUUCCCUGUGCGGUUUGCGCGUGCUCGCGCCUCUGCCACGGAGCCGUGCAGAGAUCCGCUUCCACGUCUCGCCCGCUGUGCAUCGUUGCAGUCUGCCAGCUGGGCUAGGCCACGUCCUUCUUGGGCUGACAUUGGGCGGACUGAGAGGGGGGGGAAGAUGCCCAGUAUGCGGAAGGAAGACGCCAGAGAUGUGACGGGUUGACCAUUGACGGUUUGCCUUUUUGAGCGGUUGCCGCAGACAACAUCAUGUCACGUACACGGAUGCAGCACGCGGCGGGACAAUAGUCUCUCUCUCUCUCUUUCUGAGCCAUAAGGUUAAAAGCUGAAGUGACAGUUUCCAUUUGUUCUGACAUGAUCGGCUUCGGCGCAAACCGACGAGGAGGCCGCCUCCCGUCCUUCGUCCUCGUCUUCCUCACGGCCAUCAUCGCCAUACUGGCGUUCAACUACUGGACCGUGUCCAGCAAGCACGGCCGCUUGCUGGAUGAGUUGUUGGAGGUGCAGUCGCGGGUGAAGCGCACGGACGCGGCGAGGAGCCGGCUGGAGAAGCGCAACACUGAGCUCAUGGCGCAGGUGGACACGCACAGGAAGCAGCUGGACAAGAAGGAUGGAGACUACAGCGUCAUGGAGGGCAAACUGCAGGCCCGAGACGCGUUCGUCAAAAAGUGCACCGAUGAAAAGGUUAAACUGCAGGGUGACCUCACAGCCCAAAUUACAGAAACCCAGAAGCUGAAAGAGCAACUGAAUGAUUUGAAGCAGGAGUUUAUGAAACAGGAAGACCAGAUGAGAGAAGUUAAAAAGAAUACAACCACCAUGGAGAGAAAGCUAGAAUAUGAAAGUUUACAGUGUGGACGUCAGAUUGCACAGUUAAAAAUUGAGUACGAAGAAUCAAAGAAGACUCUAGAAGAUAGAGCCGUGAAGCUUAGACUGAAUGGAGUUGAUGCACAAAAGGCUGCAGUGGCUGGAAGACAUGCAGAGGAAGCUCUGGGUCUAUCUCUGCCUGAAGAGUACAGUACCAUGGCAACUCACCGUCGUGACAGUCCAGAUCUGAAAGAUGUGAUGGGUAAGCCAGGCAGUGAUGCCGGGAUGCCUGGUAUUGAAGAUAGUGAGGUGGGAAAACUUGAUGAAGGACAAUUUGAAUUGAAGAAGCCAGCCAUCACUCAGAUGCGUGACGAAGCCCCUGAUGUGGUUUUUGGCGGUGGUGUUGGACCCGGGAUUGGGGCAGCUGAUGGCCCAGGGGUACAGGGCUUAUCACUUGACCAGCCCCGGCUCCAGCAGGAUAAAGUAGAAGGCCAGGCAGCUGUGAUUGCUGCCCCAGGUGUCAUCAAACUGGGAGACAAACCAAUAGUAGUUGAAGAAGACAAGUCAGAUAUCAAAGCAGAUGAACUGGGGGAACAGCAAAGACAACUUCAGGCCCCAGAUGUCAGAGGUACAGGUGAACGCUUGAAGGGGAUUCAAUUUCCUGCCAACGCUCCCAAGGCACCCAACACCAUCCAGUCACACCGCAAAGACCAAGUCCCAGCGGGGGCACUCCAUCAUCACCAAAGCCGGUUCUUUGACGAGAUCGAGUCCCCAGUAGAUCCGCAACAUGGCUCUAAGCUAGCGGACUAUAAUGGGGACGAUGGCAAUGUGGGUGAGUAUGAAGCUGACAAGCAGGCUGAGCUGGCCUACAAUGAGGAAGAGGAUGGUGAUGGUGGGGAGGAAGACGUUCAAGAUGAUGACGAUCGAGAUAUCCAGGGAGAUCGGGUUUUGGAUUACGGAAAGCGGCAUCAAGCUAUCGACAUUCUCUGAAUGUGAAUUUUGAACAGUGAAAUCUCAUCGAAACAUACUGACCUUCUUCUUUGGACAUCAGUAUGAAUCAGAAUUCACAGCUUGCAUCCUUAAUGUCAUGGACCACCUCUACAAACAGAUUAUUACAGAAUUUUGGAUAACGUUUCCUAGCAAUCCAAAACAAACAGUAUGCUCAGUGUUAUUUGGUAAUGGAGUAAGGCUAGGACAAUAUACAGUGGUCUUACAUUGAUGACUAUUUUACAGUGGAAUAGUCAUCACUUUGCAGCGGAGUAGUCUAAAAUAGCUUAGUUGACACAUCAACGGAAAUGUUUGUUUUUCAUAUUUUUUCCUUCUUGGAUGAUCUGCUGAGAUAUUUCACAAAAAGUUUAAUCAGGCAUUUGUACUCUUCACCCCAACUUUUGGACACUCGCAAGGAUGCCAUUUUUGUUUUCAGUUGACAGCGGUAGGAAAGUGUUUGAAAUGCCAAGGACUUUGCUUACAGGCUAUUAAAUAAUUUUUUUGUGAACACACAAGUGGCCCUCAUCCUCUUGUAAAUAAUACUAUUCAUGCAUGCAAGACUCAUGAUGAUAACGCCUUUUUGAAUCUUAAAAGGUUAUUGAUUCCAGAUUCCCCAGCCAUCUGAAGACAACAAAUUGGGCAUUUUGGGGGGGGGUUGUAUUGUAUUUGGUGCGCUCCCAUAAUGUCAAAACAAAACGGCACACAAAGAUUCUGGUCCACCACCAUCCUCAAAUCUCGUUGACCAAGACAAAAAUCUUGCAUCACUAAUAAUGAUCUAACAAAACAUGAUGUGUUUUGGCCAUGUUUCACGAUUGUUUCUGAAGGGAUUAACGGUGAGAAUGUUGUGGAGUGGUGAUGUUGCUCACAACCCGUGCUUUGGAAAAUGCUUCUUGCUCUCUGAUGAAGCCACGUACACAAAUUACAACAUUGGGUAGGACAUGUCUGUUUUCAUGUAUGGCCGUUUCCUUGUUCCUCAGUCAGAUUGCUUUUUGAUUAGCUACAUUAUAUUUUGUGAAGUAAUUCAUGGAAACAUGAUUCUGGAGAUGGACUCUAUUAUCAGGAAAAAAUGACAUGUUUUAGACUACAG